AUGAUUCGUCUACUCUGUGCAAUAGCGUUUGCCGUGUCAUGCGUGAUCUUCCCAACCUACUCGGCGACAUCUGAAGCCAAUUUGGAUGAACCAUAUAAUGGUGAAAUUUUACAGGAUCAAAAAAUGGAAUAUCAGUUUACUCUUGCAAAUCGUAGCGAAUUUGUUAUUCGAGUACAUGUAGUAAAUUACAACCCGAAACCAGAUUAUCCUAUUUUAGUGGUGAUCAAGCAAGUGGACAAUGUGAUGUCAUUCCAAGCACCAAUGGUUCUUAAUCCUAUAUCAGCAUAUGGUAACGUUAGUCGUACGCUGUGUCCAAUCAAAUUAUUGCCUGGAGAGGUUCGAAAACUUACAAUAGAGUUGUCUAAUGCUAUCAAACCACCUCAAAAAGUGCGUUACAUGUUGCUGGCUCAGUUAGUUCCUGAUUUCGAUUUGGAGUCGGGCAUUGAGAGAAGUAUAGUAGUCUCACCUGCUGAACCUAUCUAUUUAAGAUACCUUUAUCCUCCACAAAAAAAAUCAGCAGAAAUUAAGGUUGUUUCGAAAAGUGAUAUAUGCAUGAUUUUGUCUAUCCAAAAAUUGCAGUGUCCUGUCAAUGAUUUAUCCGAUACAGUGGGAAACACUGGGUUACAUCAGACGGUCACUACUUUGGGUGCAAUAUCCAUUGACGUGACUCAAUUUCUCAAAGGAUUUUUCCUCGUUCUAGUCUUGAAACCAACAGACUAUGCUUGUUCCGGCAUCGAAGAUCUAAUUCCACCAUUACCAGAUCAGGGCUUAUUUUCGCAUGAACCACAGAUAAAUCUUCCAGGAUCUCGAAGUAAAUCUGUUAAAAUACUAAUUAAUUCAACACACAGGAGAUGGCCGUAUUUAUUACCCAUACUUGGAGCUGUCGGUACUUACUUACUUUUCUACGUGGUUACAAUUAUUAUCAUAUUACUGUAUCACAGAGCAGAAAGAAGAAAAAGAUUUCUUGAUGAGUUGACGGCUAACUUUGAAUGUGGUUCAGACUGUGAUCCAACUGUUUGUUCUGUCAAUUUGAGCAAUUCUAACCUUUUUCAUGUCAAUACAGAAGCAUCUACCUCCUGUUCAUCUGCUAUACCAGUACAUACGUCAACUUGUUCAACAACUACUUCCAGAUCGAUUAAUCCACGAAUAUCUACUAAUUUGGUUAACCGAAAAGAUAGAUAUAAUUAUGGCACUAUAUUCAAUUCCAGUCAUACUGAACUACAUCAUAGUGUUAAUAGUAAUAGUUUACAGACUCAAAGUACUCCUGUGGAAUCAGUGUCUUAUGAUAAUGUUGUAUACAAUAAAACGAAAAUGUCAUCAGAGAACUAUAAAAAAACGAAAUCUAUCAAAAAUAUGAGAAAAUCUCCACUUACAUCUGGUUCAAAUGUAGUAAAAACUUCAUCAGAUAGUUUGAAUAUACUUAGACCGUCUCAUACUGGUAUACACCAUCAAAUAUUAAGUUUACCACAAGAUUAUCAGAGUAUUUCAUUAAAUAAUUCAAUGGAAUCUAAUCUUCAUUUUCGUAGUACAAUUCACCAAACACCCCUAGUUGAAAUACAAGGCUCACAUGGUUGGUUCAGUUCCACAGAUGAUGAAGAUGAUUAUGAUAAUAAUAAUAAUAAUGAUGUUGCAAGUGGUGGUAGUUGUAACUGUGCUAAUAAUAAAAUUCAGUCUAGAAAAGAAAAGAAUUAUUUUUCCAGUUUAAAUCAUCCUACUAAUAUUACUACUAUUUCAGACAAAAUACAAAUACCAACACAUUCUACAUAUUCUACAAUGAUUGGUCAAGAGAUUCCAAAUACAUCUCAACAAUCAACUGUUGUACAUUCUAACAAUACUACUGUUAUUACCGGUCAUGAGAUUAAUAGUAAUGAUAAAAAUCGAAAUAAUAGGCCAGAAUCUGUGAGUAGUAUUGCUCUAUCAGAUGAUCAGACAGAUGUAAAUUCAGAAUUUAUUCCAAUGUACAAGAUGAAUGUGUUAUUAUAUGUAUCAGAUUUGUCUAAAAAACGUUAUGGAACAUUGAAUAGGAAAUAUUUACUUUAUUUCUGGUAUUUAAUUAUCAUAUCCAUUUUCUAUGGAUUACCAGCAGUACAAUUAAUCAUGACGUACCAAAAGGCUGUUUUUGAAACUGGUAAUGAAGAUUUAUGUUAUUACAACUUUGAAUGUGCUCAUUCACUUGGCAUCUUCACGGCGUUUAACAAUAUUAUUUCAAAUAUUGGCUAUGUUAUGCUAGGAUUAUUAUUUCUUGUCUUGACUGCCCGACGUGAUAUUCUUCAUAGGCGAACCAAAAAUUUAAACCCAAACUCCCAGGUAUUGGGUAUACCUCAGCAUUACGGUUUAUUUUAUGCAAUGGGUUUAGCAUUAACUAUGGAAGGUCUAAUGAGUGCAUGUUAUCAUAUGUGCCCCAAUUUUUCUAAUUUCCAAUUUGAUACUGCUUAUAUGUAUAUACUCGGUAUGCUAAUAAUGUUAAAAAUUUACCAGACAAGACAUCCUGAUGUGAAUGCAUCAGCACAUUCAGCAUAUAUGGUUAUGGCUGUAGUUAUUUUCCUCGGUGUUCUUGGUGUUUUAUAUGGAAAUCAGAUUUUCUGGAUUAUAUUCACUAUCUUCUUUCUAAUUAUGAGCGUUAUAUUAACCGUUGAGAUUUAUUAUAUGGGUCAGUGGAAUAUUGAUUUAUGCCUUCCAAGACGUAUUUAUUACUUAAUUCGUACAGAUGGGUUUGGUUGUCUUCGUCCAACUUAUUUGGAGCGUAUGCUUCUUUUACUUAUUGCUAAUCUAGUUAAUUUCACCUUAGCCGGUUAUGGAAUAGUCAAACGACCAAGAGAUUUUUCUACUUUUUUAUUGUCAAUAUUUAUGAUCAAUUUAUUGAUGUACACAUUUUUCUAUGCGAUUAUGAAAUUACGACAUCGUGAACGCUUCCAAAUGUUAUCGUUAGUAUAUAUUUUACUAACUUGCGUAUCUUGGGGUUGUGCAAUUUAUUUUUAUUUUCAUCGAACAACCACAUGGGAAGUAACUCCCGCUCGUUCUCGUGCACUUAAUCAACCCUGUGUUUUAUUGGAUUUCUACGAUGCACAUGAUGUUUGGCACUUUUUAUCUUCAAUAUCUAUGUUCUUCUCAUUUAUGUUAAUAAUGUACGUGGACGAUGAUCUCUCGAAACGUCCAAGAAAUCAGAUUUUUGUUUUUUGA